GAUCAUUGAUCACCCACCUCAAUUGAUUUCCUUCUUCUGUGUCUCUUUGGGCUUUUUUACUGAUUUGAGUUGCCUAAAAUAUCCAAUAGGGUAAAGUUAAACUGUUUCAGUAAAAAAAUACAGAAGCAAAAUGAAGGGGUGCAUUUUUAACAUCGAUGCUGGAUAUUUAGAAGGACUGUGCCGUGGUUUCAAGUGUGGAAUCCUCAAGCAGGCUGACUACCUUAACUUGGUGCAAUGCGAGACCCUGGAAGAUCUAAAGCUUCAUCUGCAGGGCACCGACUACGGUACGUUCCUUGCGAAUGAGCCCAGCCCACUUUCUGUUUCUACAAUUGACGAUAAGCUUCGCGAGAAGCUCGUGAUUGAGUUCCAGCAUCUAAGGAAUCACUCAGUAGAGCCUCUUUCUACUUUCUUAGAUUUCAUUACAUACAGUUACAUGAUUGACAACAUCAUUUUGUUGAUUACUGGUACUCUACACCAGAGGCCUAUUUCGGAGCUCAUUCCCAAAUGCCACCCCUUGGGCUCCUUUGAGCAGAUGGAAGCCAUCCAUGUUGCUGCGACCCCUGCUGAACUGUACAAUGCAGUCCUUGUUGACACCCCAUUGGCCCCCUUCUUUGUGGAUUGCAUCAGUGAGCAAGACUUGGAUGAGAUGAACAUUGAGAUAAUUCGUAACACCUUGUACAAGGCUUACUUGGAAGCCUUCUAUGAUUUUUGCAAGCAGAUUGGAGGAACUACUGCUGAUGUUAUGUGUGAAAUUCUGGCAUUUGAAGCUGACCGACGUGCGAUUAUCAUCACUAUCAACUCGUUUGGAACAGAAUUGUCCAAGGAUGACCGUGCUAAGUUAUACCCACGCUGUGGCAAACUGAACCCUGAUGGAUUAGCUGCUCUUGCCAGAGCUGAUGAUUAUGAGCAAGUCAAAGCUGUUGCUGAAUACUAUGCUGAGUACCAAGCAUUGUUUGAGGGUGCUGGCACCAGUGUUGGGGAUAAGACCUUGGAGGACAAGUUCUUCGAGCAUGAGGUAAGCCUCAAUGUCCACGCAUUCCUGCAACAAUUCCACUUUGGUGUAUUCUAUUCAUACCUGAAACUGAAGGAACAAGAAUGCCGAAACAUUGUAUGGAUCAGUGAGUGUGUGGCUCAAAAGCACCGUGCUAAGAUUGACAACUACAUUCCCAUUUUCUAAACAGUAUAUUAUACUUCUGAACUCUAAGAAUUCCUUUAAAAAAAUGUUUGCUUUGUACAUACCUAUUUGCAAUAUCAAUCAGGACA